AUUCCCGCUUGUCAGUCAAAUGUCAUCGCGGGCGACCGGGGUUCGACUCCCCGCCUGAGAGCUUUUUGAUACUGGGUUUCUUGGCACUUUGGCACUUGUUCCCUCUGCACGAGAUCAUCAGUCACUCGCCGCAUUGGCGACUUCCAUUUGAGAUCGACCUUGGGCCUUGGCACUCCGUCUAUCUUUGAAGCCCAUUGAAAGCCUUGGUGGGACGUACGGAGACCCAAGAGCUUACGUUACAAUUUCAUACAAACUUGACUCACAGUCCCUGACUGGGCGGUCCGCUCUGGCCCGGCCACGAACUCACGUGUUGACACUGCUGGGUAGUCGCAUCACGGCCGGGUGCCGUAUCUUCCCUCCUCCUGGCUUCCAGUCUCUGCUUACAGCUCUCGCAAGGAUAUGAUCUGCGGAUUCGGCGACAUCGGAGGCUUACCAGAUUACGCCGCGGGCUGGGUGUCAACAUCACUGCAUAGCUUCUGAGAUCGAAGUCGCACGGGUGUGCCUUUCCACAAAACUGUCGGCACGCUGAUGCGUUGUGCAUCUCAUGACCCCGGCCAACCGUGGAGUUCUCGUCACAUGAAUCGCAAAGCCUCCGGAGAUCCGCCGUGACCCUGGCCAAGCGCGUACAAAAGUGGAGCCAAGGGACAGAGGGCAUGUCAGUGGCACGAUGAAGUCCCUCUGCAGCACGCUCCUCGCCGCCGCGAUCCUCCCCGUCGCGCUCGCCUGGGACACGUUCGUCGUCCCGCACACGCCGGGCGCCGACGACAUGCCUGCGUUCGCCGCGCUCGUGGGGAACCACACCACCAACGCGACGAUCCUGUUCGCCCAGGGCACGACGUACAACCUCUUCACCUCGAUCAAGUUCCCCAAGCUCACGAAUGUCGAAAUCGCAGUCGAAGGAAACCUGACGUACCCGAACGACAUCGCGGCUGUGCAGAGCGUCGUCGCGUCGUCGGCGUACGGCGGAUCGUGGCUCACCUUCACGGGCGGCACGAACGUCACCCUGCGCGGCUCGAAGCAUCCUAAGUGGGGCUGGAUCGACGGGCACGGGCAGCAGUGGUGGGACGCCAACCAGCAAGUGAACCGCCCGCACGGCAUCGCGUUCAGCAAGAUCACGAGUGGGGUCAUCAGGGACAUGAAGAUCUGGAUGCCCAUUGGGUGGAACUUUGCUACUAGUGGCGUCAACAAUGUCCACAUCUACAACAACCGCAUCGAAGCUCGCUCGAACAACGCCUCGUCCUUCCCCUUCAAUACCGAUGGUUUCUCUGCUGGUGGCAGCAACAUUUUGCUCGAGGAUAACUGGGUCGUCAACGGAGACGACUGCUUGACUGUCGGCAGCGGUGCUACGAACAUCACAUGGCGCAACUCCUACUGCGAAGGUGGCCACGGAUUAUCGAUCGGGUCUCUGGGGAAAGGCGGAUCGGUAGCGCAGGUCCAGAAUGUCCACAUUGAAAACACAUUCAUGAAAGACUCUCUCUUCGGAGCGCGUUUCAAGAGCUGGACGGGCGGCAAUGGUGCCGCGCGCAACAUUACAUGGAAGAACAUCGCCUUCGAGAAUGUUCCGUUCCCGGUGUGUCCAUCUUCCCACCGACACGACUUUCAUCUGAAAAUCUCUCUGCAGAUCUACGUGACACAAAACUACUGGGACCAGGGCAUCGGUGCCCGGCCGAACUCUACCGGUGACAUCAAUAACACUCAUAUCGUGGACUUUUUGUUCGAGGGUUUUGCCGGAACGAUACUGGACACCCCGGGAUACGUCGAAGGCUCGUGCGUGACGGACCCCUGCUGGUACGCGGUCCCGAACGCGACAGGCCGGGAGGUUGUCAUCCUCGAUCUGUACCCUGGCACCGCGACGAAUGUCGUCGCCAAGGACAUCUUCGCGCGCACGGUGACGGGCCGCCCUGUCGCUGUCAUGUGCAAUGAGACGACUGUCUCGAAUGAUGUCGGAUUCAAGUGCUGGGACGGGAAAUUCCUGCCGGAUCGAGCUGGCUUCUGAGCGGUGGUGGUGUUGGAAUCACAGUUGUGUAUCCCGGAACCGUUCUGAAUCAAUCUAAUCGAAAGCAUGUCAUGCAACGGUUUAUGACAUUUGACUCGUUGUAAUCA